AUGUCUCUCGAAGCGAUUGACAGCAAAUUGGCGGAGCUGCGAAGCACUCUUGAGAACAACUCGCGGCUUCUGCCUGAUCUUGUGCCGCACUGGAGCGACGCUCCAGACAUCAUCGACGAUCUCGUGCGCACGCUGUUUUGCCAGGCGCGAGCCUGGCUCGAGGAGCUCCACCGCGGAAGCCAGGACAUUUUCCAGGCCAUCCAGUGCGUCUUGGACGCCUUUGUGGACUUCCAGCGAGAUCGCGUCGUGCAAGUGCCGAAUUUGAGAGAAUUGCAGCGAGUUUGUGAGACUUUCUUCCAGUAUCUCAAGGACAUCAGCGAGCAGUUUUUGUUCGUCCACACAAAUCGCAUCACGGGGCUGAUUUGCGCCUUGUCCAACACCGAAGAGGCCGUUUUCAGUGCCUGGUGGAAUAGUGUGAUCGCGACGACGCAACAGUUCAUAAGAUGCACACUUAUUUACGAGGAACAGCCGGGGCCCAUCAUAAGGAAAGAGAGGAUUUUCGAGGGCAAAGUGAGAUGGCUCAUCGGCUCGCAGCUUGAUUUCAACGUGGUAGAUGGACUCAAUGGACGAGUAUCAAUUCUUCAUGAGCACGAAACGAACAAAUUGAUGGAAGGAAAAUUCGUUGAUCAUCAAGAUAAAUUUUCCGUUCAGAAAAACGAAGUGGUGUUCGAAGUGAAUCCAAACAUGGAAGUUUAUGCGAAAUUUAGCAAGUGCAAAAUUAUGUCAAUCAGCAGAAAUACUGGCAGAAAUAUCGAUAAGAAAAUUGAUGAGAAAUACGCCGUUGUGUUCCGCACAAACAUUGUGUGGAAUGGCCAGGAACUUGAGAUUUCUGUCAUUUCUCUUCCAAUUUGCCUAACAACGCACAUGACGCAGGAUGAAUAUUGCUACGCAAAGAUUAUGUGGGAUUAUGCGUUCGCUGACAAGAACAGAUCUGCUUUUGUGGUGCCCGAAGAAGUCUGUUGGAUUGAUUUUGCAAAUGCGCUCAGCAGAAUGUGGACAUCUUGGGUUGGAUGUCCUUUGAAUGAUCAACACUUAGCUUACCUCUAUGAUAUUGCGUUCGAUGAGCUUUGGUAUGGAAAUGUGAUUAAAACGCGGCCUGUUUCAUGGAACCAAAUUACUAAGAGUUAUCUUAAGGGAAUGAAUUUCACGUUCUGGUCAUGGUUCUACAACAACAUGAAGCUGAUUAAGGACAAAUAUGGAGAUCACUGGCAAAAUAAUCACAUUUAUGGAUUUAUUCACAGAGAACACGCUCACGCUCUAUUGAAAUCCUUGCCAAUCGGCACUUUUCUCUUGCGCUUUUCCAAGUCAAUGAUCGGAAACAUGUCCAUUGAUGUCGUGUUGGCAAAUUCACAAGUGUCUUCGUGUGGACCUUUUGACAGUUCCAGUUUCGAAACAUCCUUGAAUUCAUCAUUGACAACAUUUAAUGGAUUCAUAAGGAACUUUGUAAAUUUGAAAUUCUUGCAUCCAAACAUACCGAAGAAUAUUGCUUUUCCAACACAGAAUGAUGUUACCCCUCCUCAAGGAUACGUUCCAUUACGACCCAAAAUAAUUAUUGAACUGUAGACUCUGAAGAUUUCAUGCUUAUAAGCUUUAUGAUUUGACUUUGGGCUUUUAAAAUUUCUAGAGAUUAGCAAAAGCUGUGCAACUUUAUAGCAUAUGUAGUAUAAUUAAGUGAUUGAUGUUAUCUGUAAUAUAAUUUUGAAUAAACUUUAUGAGGUCAAA